CUCCCUCUCUUCUUUCCGCCACCUCACCGUCUCCAUCCAUAUCACCUUCAUACCCCGCACACAUCAAUCAUCAACAUGGCCGCCCAGAGAAUCUCCUCGUUCGUCUCGCAGCUGACUCCCGGCCAGAAGCCGCUGGACAAGAUCACCCAGAAGAACCCCGACGAUGUGGUCAUCACUCUCGCCAUCCGCACACCCCUCACCAAGGCCCGCAAGGGUGGCAUGAAGGACACCCUCCUCGAUGCCAUCGUCUUCAAGCUGUUGGAGCAGGUGAACCAGAAGUCAAAGCUCGACCCACAAUUGGUCGAGGAUAUCUGCUUGGGCAACGUCUCCUCCGCAAAGGCCGCCUACUACUGCCGUGCCGCCCUCCUCGCCGCCGGCUACCCCAACACCACCGCCGGCCACUCCGUCAACCGCUUCUGCGCCUCCGGCCUCAAGGCCGUACAGGACAUCGCCAACCAAAUCUCCACCGGCAGCAUCGAGAUCGGUCUCGCUCUCGGCGCCGAGUCCAUGACCGAGGGCGGCGACCGCCUCGAACGCCCCUUCGCCGAGGAGAUCCUCGCCGCCAACCAGGAAGCCCGCGACUGCAUGCAGCCCAUGGGCCAGACCUCAGAGAACGUCGGCGCCGACUUCAACAUCACCCGCGAGUCGCAGGAUCGCUACGCCGCGGAAUCCUACCGCCGUGCGGAAGUCGCUCAGAAGGCCGGGUGGUUCGCCGACGAAAUCGCCCCCAUCACCGUCAAGAUCGACGGCAAGGACGUCACGCUCACCAAGGACGAGGGUCCUCGCUGGGGCACCACCUACGAAUCCCUCUCCAAGAUCCGCCCGGCGUUCCCCGAUUUUGGAGACAAGAGCACGGGAGGCAACAGCAGUCAGGUGACCGACGGCGCGGCCGCAGUCCUCUUGAUGAAGCGCUCCAAAGCCCUCGAGCUCGGACAGCCCAUUCUCGCCAAGUACGUCGGCGCCACGGUCGCCGGUCUGGCGCCCCGCAUCAUGGGUAUCGGCCCAUCCAUUGCGGUCCCCAAGCUCCUCUCGCAAUACAACCUCAGCAUCGACGACAUUGACGUCAUCGAGCUCAACGAGGCAUUCGCCAGCAUGGCCGUCUACUGCCGCGACACCCUCAAGAUCGACUGGGAGAAGAUGAACGUGCGUGGAGGUGCGAUUGCUCUGGGUCACCCGCUGGGAUGCACUGGUGCGCGACAGAUUGUGACGGGUUUGAGUGAGUGCCGGAGGAGGAAGGCGAAGAUUCUGUUGACUACCAUGUGUAUUGGUACCGGUCAGGGUAUGGCUGGUCUGUUUGUCAACGAGCAGUUGUAGGUGAUGACGGAGGAGGGAGUUGGAAAAAUGAUGUGUUUGAUAGGUAUGAGAGAAAUCUAACGUUUCCGAU